UGUGAGCCCCAAGAUGGCGGGCGCCCAGUGUGGACAGCUGGCACCGGGGAAUCCGGGGCUGAGGAGAAGGAAGGGAAAGGAAGCAGCGGGGGGCUGACAAUGGGACGGUCCGAGAGGGGAAGCAGCAUGGCGGCACCGAGUCUCCCUCCUGCCUGGGCCUUACUGGCUUACUAGGAAUAGUGCUGCUGAGAGCACUGUAUGCAGAUAUAUAUACCGUCCUAUAUACUUUGUGGCAUUUCUCGUGGCCCUCCACCAGAACAAGCAGCUGAUCGGGGAGCGGGGGUUACUGCCAUGCAGGCUGCACCUCCAGAACAUCAAGCAGUACUUCGGGGGCAAGGUUGGCAUGGAAGCCGUCAGCCACGCGCCCACCCUUCUCUGGGUGCUAGACUGGUCGACCAUGGACACCCACCUGGAUAACAUCGCCCUCCUUGGCCUUGUGAUCUCAGCUUCCAUUCUGAUAACCGGAUGUGCCAACAUGAUCAUGAUGGGCACGCUGUGGAUCCUGUACCACUCUAUAGUGAGCGUGGGCCAGCUAUGGUACGCCUUUGGAUGGGAGUCUCAGCUCCUGGAGACAGGAUUUCUGGGUAUUUUCCUCUGCCCCCUCUGGUCCCUGUCCCGUGUGCCAGAACGCACCCCCCCAUCGGGCAUUGUCAUCUGGGCCCAUCGCUGGCUUAUCUUCAGGAUCAUGAUGGGAGCGGGUCUUAUUAAAAUCCGAGGAGACAAGUGCUGGCGAGAUCUGACCUGCAUGAAUUAUCAUUACGAGACCCAACCAGUGCCAAACCCUCUGGCCUACUACAUGCACCGAAACCCUGGGUGGUUCCACCAGUUUGAGACCUUAGUCAAUCACUUCAUUGAACUGAUCGCGCCGUUCUUUAUAUUCAUGGGCAGAAGAAUGUGUAUUAUCAACGGGAUCCUGCAACUCCUCUUCCAGGUGCUUCUGAUCCUCAGCGGUAACCUCAGCUUCCUAAACUGGUUGACCAUCGUGCCAAGUAUCGCCUGUUUUGAUGAUGCCCGCCUCAGCUUCCUGUUCAGCUCCAAGGAUGGGUCUGCAAAACACCAAAUAUCCAAAAUCCAGAGGCAGACGUCUACUGGAGAGCGCCCAACAAGGAGUUGCAGGUUCUACACCCGCCAGGUGCUUCACAUAUCUCUGGGCAUCCUCAUCGCCUACCUCAGCGUCCCGGUGGUCCUGAACCUGGUGAGCGCCAGACAAGUCAUGAAUGCCUCCUUCAACCCGCUGCGGAUUGUCAACACGUAUGGAGCUUUUGGCAGUGUCACCAAGGAUAGGACGGAGGUGAUCAUCCAGGGGACGUCCAGUCUGGAUCCCAAAGACCCCAACGCUGUUUGGGAAGAAUACGAGUUUAACUGCAAACCGGGCAAUUUAACCCGCCGGCCGUGUGUGAUCAGCCCCUACCACUACCGCCUCGACUGGCUGAUGUGGUUCGCGGCUUUCCAGACCUAUGAACAGAAUGAAUGGAUAAUACAUCUUGCUGGGAAGCUAUUAGCUAAUGAACCCACAGCAACUUCACUUCUGGCUUUCAACCCCUUCCAGGAGAAAGGACCCCCGAGGUGGAUCAGAGGAGAGCACUUCCGGUACAAAUUCACCCGCAUCUGGGGUACACAUUCCGCUGAGGGCAAGUGGUGGAUACGCAAGAGGAUCGGCCCGUACUUUCCACCUGUCAAUCUUCAAGGACUCAAUAAAUAUUUCCAGUCUAGGUCGUGGCCUCUGCCUUCAACACCAAGCAAGCACGAAUAAGAGUAUAAACCUAUUAUACAGGAGAUAGGCACAUCAGGGUUAUUCAGUACAGGUUCUACACAAAAGCACAAGCCCCUUUUAGGUGUGGGAAUGACUGCUUCCUAAACUAAAGGUGUAUAUAUAUAUAUAUAUAUAUAUAUAUAUGCUGCACUUCAUUAUAUAGGUGGGGGCGCUAUUGCAUUGGUUUAUAUGGAAAAGAUGGAUUCACAGACACGCUGGUGAGAAAUGGUACUGCAUGUGAAUGUUACAUGGCUUGGAGAAGGUUGAAUGGUAAGUUUUGCCACCAACGCAUCAUGGUCCCAAAAUUAUCAUGAGAAAUGCAGUUCUGGGUGAUUUAUUU